AUGGCUGCCUUAGCGUGGCUGCUGUUUUCCUUGGCCGCUGGGGCAGCUGACGCGCGACACCUGCGUGGCCUGCGCGGCCUCAGCGAGGACUUGGGCUCGCUGCUGAGGGAGGAUGUGGCGAAAGCGGCCAGCUUCAUUUUGAAGACCUUCGACAUAGAAGGCAAUCAAGGGGGAGCACCGGCAGCCUCCGUUGACACCACGGCGAGUGGUGCUCACCUGGUGCAGGAGCUCCUUUCGAAUAAGGAGCUCACAGAGCAGAUCAUGCUCAGGCCGACGCAAAACGGCCUGGUGCAAUCAGGGCGCUUGUAUGAUAUCCAGAUGAAGGCCGCCCACGUCGGGAAGGGGACGCACGUCUCCACUCAGGGUGGCCUCGUCACAUUUUCCGUUAAAGACCUGUCGGUUGAGGUCGACUGCCACUACGACCUCCGGCUCUCAAGCUUCAGGUACAAGGAGACAGGCAACGUCAGGGCCCGAUUGUUCGGCGACUCCAUGGUGCUGAACUUCCCCGUCGAGGGCUCCGGGCCCGGAGGGUGCCACUUCGGCAAGGGCCUCGACCUGGAG